AUGCCUCAGUCAGAUUUCCGACCGGUGGCCAAAGCAGAGGGCUCCCUUGGAGCUUGGUCUAAAUUGGCGAUCACGCUCCGCUUCCUGGCCACUGGCGCCAAGUACCAGGCUGAGGUGUGGGAGACUCCGUCGACCGAAGACGCCUGGUGGGAAGUGGCACAACAGUUACAGAACAAGUGGAACUUCCCUCAUUGUCGCGGGGCAUUGGACGGCAAGCACAUCGCCAUUCAGAAACCGCCAAAGAGUGGCACGCUGUACUACAACUUCAAGGGUUUCUUCUGCACAGUGAUGCUUGCGCUUGUGGACGCUUACUACAAGUUCCUCUGGGUCGAUGUGGGAGCCAACGGUGCAUCAUCAGACGCGGGCAUCUUCAACCGCUCGCAGCUGGAGCCCGCGCUACGCCAGGGCACUCUCGGUCUCCCCCCGCAGGACCCGCUGCCCAACGACGACCAAGACACUCCAUAUUUCAUUGUUGGGGAUGACGCUUUCCCUCUUCGCACGUACCUAAUGAAGCCGUACUCGCACCGCUACCUGUCAAGGCAAGAGAGGAUCUGCAACUACAGGUUUUCCCGAGGGCGCCGCGUCGUAGAGAACGCGUUUGGGAUCCUGGCCAACUGCUUCAGAUGCCUGCUGACCACAUGGGACUGA